AUGAUGAAUUCUACCGCUUCGUUCUACACUCAAGAUUUUUUCUCAUCGCCUCCUCUUUCUUCCACUUCUUCAUCCUCUUCCAUCAACAUGAACCAAGCAUACUACACAUCUCUUGAUCAACUUGAAAAUCCAUUCUUUGCCAAAGACUGUCAAUACUACUAUCCCAGCCCAAAUGAUGACUGUAUCAAUUAUCAACAACAACAACAACAACAACAACAGCAACAGAUCCUCAUGGUGCCUCCUCUUGGUCAUUUUGAGCCCUCUACUUUUGAUUUAGCUGCUGCUUCCUUGGAGGCCUUCACUUCAAUGAUGGUACCUGAUCUCUUCCAGCACAAGGCUCCUGCUAUUGAUUUGGUAGAUCAAUUUAUUGCUGAACAUGAAGCUGCAUUAAACUUUCCUGAACAAAAAUCAGUACAACAACAACAACUUCCUAUUAUUGAAACAAAUUGGUCGCAUUGGACUUACAAUAACAACUCUCGGGAAGCUUCUCCGGAAAUCUUAUCCGAAGGUUUAUCAUCUUCGAAAUCCACUUCUGCUUCUUCGGUUCCUCCCUCAUCGCCUGUGCCUGAAAUAGCCACCUUGAAAAACAAAAAGACGAAUAAGGUAACCAAACCAUCCACAACAACACCUGCUCGUCGCGGUCGUGGUAAAGGUGUCAAGAAUAAGGUUGCAAACAAGAAGGCUGUUGCUGCUGCCAUCGCUGCUGCUACUGCUGCCAAGGAAUCUUCCUCCUCCUCCUCCUCAUCAUCAUCCAAGGCUCCUGUUGAAGGUGCUCUCUAUGUGUGCCAACACCACGAAUGUGGUAGAUCAUUCACUCGUCCAUACAAUCUCACAUCUCACAUGCGCACUCAUACAUCUGAACGCCCUUAUGCCUGCUCUCAUUGUGGUAGAAGAUUCGCUAGACAACAUGAUCGCAACAGACACGAAAAGUUACAUUGGGGAAUCCGUCCUUACGCUUGCCACCACUGCCACAAAUCAUUUGCUCGUAUGGAUGCAUUAAAUAGACAUUUACGCAUGGAAAAUGGCUGUACUGGUGUACAUUUAUAA